UAUACACGACACAUUUUCGGUGCCACAGACUCACCAUGCGUGGCUUGCUACGCAGUACGACGAUGUGCAUCAGACAGUAAAAACGACUUUCCUCUGGCUUCUGAAAUCAUUCAACGGAAUAUCUACAUGGAUGAUUUGUAUGUCACUUCGUCAACGGUAGAAGAAGCCCUCCAACAAAUGACACAACUACGAGGAUCUUUAUCUCGAGUCAGCCCUAAUGAUCCAACGCCUAAACAUCAACGAGUUCUCGGUGUUCACUGGAAUACCAACACUGACUGCUACUUCAUCGAUAACAAAAAGUUUGUAAAAAUUCUACGUAUUGGCAUUGCUACGCAACGGAAACUCCUGAAGUAUACCGCUUCUUUAUUUGACCCACUCGGAAUAGUGGCUCCAUUGACAAUUCGGAUUCGAAAAGUUCUCCAAUCUGUUUGGUCACAAGGUGUUAAGUGGGAUACUCCAUUAGACACGGAUAAACUUCCCGAUUUCAAACUUUGGGUAGACGAAAUGGAAAAUUUCGAAACUGUUUCAUUCCAAAGGAACUUCUUUGAUAAAGAAAACCCUGCUUCAAUCCAGCUUCACACGUUUUGUGAUGCAUCAGAAUUCGCUCUCGCUGCUGUUUGCUACCUAAGAAUAGUCUACAGCGACGGCUCCACAUCUUUGAAGUUUAUAAUAGGAAAGACAAGAGUCGCUCCUAUGAAACGUGUUACAAUUCCCAAUCUCGAGUUGCAAGCUGCAGUAUAUGCUGCCCAACUAUCGCUCUUUGUUUCAGAGGAAAUUGACCUCAAAGUUGAAAAAACUUAUUUCUGGUCUGACAGUACUACUGUUUUGUAUUGGCUGCGAACACCUGAAAUACGACACAAAAUUUUCGUCGCUAAUCGGCUUCAGAAAAUUUUAGACGUUUCUAAACCUGAACAGUGGUUUCACGUUCCAACUCUGCUAAAUCCUGCUGACGACGGUACCAGAGGAUACAUUGCUUUAGAAAUGACCUCAAGCUGUCGGUGGCUACUAGGACCGGAAUUCCUGUUGAACGAUUCUUCUCAAUGGCCUUCACAGGAAAACAUUCGGCUUGAGAACAUUCCUGUAUUCGUUACUUCAUUAGAGGCUAAAUUUGAGCCUAUAUUUGACAUCAAACGCUUCAGCAACUGGAAAAGACUAAUACGGACAGUUGCAUACUGCUUCUUAUUCGCAGAAAAUCUCAAACGGAAGAUCAACAAACAGUCGAAGGUCGAUCUUCAACUCUUGCAUCUAACGAAAUCGCACUUUCUCAUAAUUAAAACUGCCCAAAGGACAGAUUUUGUCUCUGAAGUUUCAGACAUCAAAAAAGAAAAACCAAUUGAAGGCAAAAGACUAUCGACAGACAGUACUCUUCUUUGUAUCAGACGCUUUUUUGCCCGGCGAGGAAAACCAUCGAAAAUGGUUUCUGAUUGUGGGACAAGUUUUGUGGGCUCCAAUUCUGAGCUGAAGAAAUGUCUAGACAACUUGGAAAAGAACAAAGAAUUUGUGGAAAGCAUCAAUCAGCUGGACGUAUCACUCGAAUGGAAAUUCAACCCUCCUGCGGCCCCUCAUUUUGGUGGUUCUUGGGAACGACUAGUUCAGAUAUUUAAACUUUCCCUGUACAAAGUCAUCGGAUCAAGAACACUCUCCUAUGAAACACUGGCUACUUUCACGACCGAAAUUGAAUCAACCAUGAAUUCACGACCUUUAACCAAUGUGUCUGACGACAUCAAAGAUGAUCUGCCUCUCACUCCCAACCAUUUCCUUCUUGGUCGUGGAACUCCAAAUUUACCGCCUGGUAUCUUCAAGGACAAGGAUUUAUCUCUGUCAAAAUCAUGGAAAGCAUCCCAACUACUCGCAGAUCACUUCUGGAAUCGCUUUCUUCGAGAGUACUUACCAGGUCAGCAGAAACGAUCAAAGUGGACUUCUGCGACUUCCAAUUUGCAACCCGACGACAUGGUCUGGAUGUUGGAGGAUUUUACACCUCGUGGACUGUGGCCUCUUGCUAAAGUGGUGGAAACCUUUCCUGGACAAGAUGGAAUAGUCCGCUCAGUGAAGCUGAAAACGCCAACUGGAUUCAAAGUUCGACCUGUGGUCAAAUUGAGCCGCGUUUUCCCAGUUUCGCAGUAA